GUUGUAUGCGGCUGGCGAUGGCGGAGCGGCUGCUGCACGGAGACGGAGGGCUGCCAAGUGUUUAGGGAAUAAACCAAAACAAGAGAACAUAUACUUUUGUUUAUCAAACGAACAAAAUUAACCGAAACAACCGGAUGCGGACUGAAGAACUCGAACACACCGAUUCCUUUACUAGCUGAACUGGAAUAAACAGGUGGAUGAAUCGAGGAUGGCACAGUCGGGGGCGACCAGGAAAAAAAGAAGCUGAGCUGGAUGCGAGAAAAUACCGUUGAGUGCAAAUAAAUAAUAAGCACUGUAGCGCGGAUCUUGUUAACACCUGAAGGACGUUUAGCAGUGGAAGGUCGGCCCAACAGUAAACGUGAAUGCUCUGCUGUUUGGUUUGGUCCACCGGCACCAGUGAUGCUCUUGUCUGGGAUGCAAAUGGAAAAUAUUACCUUAUUUACUACAAUAAAGCAUGACGUUAACGUGGCUUAGUUUAAGGGUUUACAUUUAAUGGAUAAUUUUGCGACGCUAUACCAGAGGACAAGCAGUACCACAAACUUAAAAAAAUACAAAUCCGGGAAUGUCAGCUCUGUAUUUAGGGUGAUGGAGAAUUCGGGAAAUACGAGCACAUCAGAUAUUUAAUGUGGGGUCGGGUUUGGCGUAUAACAAGCGGUGCUAGGCAACGGUUAUGUGGAUCUACAAUAUACUAUUAAAUAUUUAUACCGCACCAAAAUGCAACACUUUAUUUUUGCAACAUAUUUAUAAUGCAAUUAACCAAGCAGCGGUAGAAUAGAGGGAUUUGCUACAGUGUAGAAAAAAAAAACAAACAAACAAAAACAAAACACAGUUGACCACACCAGAACUUGCGCUGUGUUUGGGUAAAAUACCAAUUUGAAACGACAAUUAAAUUAUAAACAGCCUUAUCAAAAAUGCCAUCAUGUAUUUUUUUUAAAUAACCUUUUUUAUAUAGGACAGUCAAAAACAUUCUAGGAAAAAGAGGAAACGAUUCAUUAAAUUUGAGAAGGGUAAGCAAACUACAGGAAAAUUAUAAUUAAGGGUCGACCUAAACAGGAGGGACGCGUGUUAGUAAUACAUUUAGUCCAGUGUUUACAUUGAUGUUUCUGCUUGCUUUGCAGUCGAUCAGCAAGCUGAAGUUUAACUUGUGGUGGAAAAAACAAAACAAAAAAAAACAGCUGACUGUCUACUGAGCCCACAGGUUGACCCGAAGCGAACACACACAGCAGUUUGUGUGUGUGGUGUGUGUGUUUUAAAGGAAGGAGAUGCCAUCGGCAUUACAACCGUGUUUAUGUUAACAUGUGGCAGGCAUGCAAACAGUCCAGAGAUUGGAAUGCAGUGUAUUGCACUUGGGAAGCCCGUGACACAGGUGCCAAUGUCUCAUAACAAUACAGGUUAGGCAGGGAGGUUUACUUUAUAAAACUUGUAUUAACACAACGAAGAGAAAUCACCUGAAGACUGGGCCAGUGAAAAAUAAGCUAAGCUUUGUGUUUGUCGAAGGAGACAAGUUUUUUUUUUUUUUUUUGUACAUGACAGGACAUCAUUUUAAAUUAAUUGGUUAAUUAUGAUUCUUGGAUUUUGCUUUCAAAUCAGAAAUUGCUAGUUUAAAUAAAAUGGAGCAGGUCCUGUUGUCAAGCCCAGGUGGGCAUUCAGACUGGGAAUUGGAGCAGAACAUGGGGGAUAUUCUCAAGGAAAGUCCAGAGUCUGGGCUGGACUUUAUCCAAGGAGAAAAAGAGCUGGUGUCCCUUAAGUUUGGGGAAAUUCUCCAGGAGAAUGCCUUGAACUUGGACGGCUUUUUUCGGCAUUCCAGGUACACUAACGUGGACCAGAUCUUGUCCUGGGAUGAUGGGCCGGAUUGUCCUGCACUGCAGUGGGAGAAACAUUCCAAACAGGACUUGGAUAUUAACCACACUGGCCAGCUGGAGCUUGUCGGUUUCCGUGACAAUAACUCAGUGUUCAGUAGUGACACUCCCUCGCUGCAAAGUGAAAUCUCCACACUGGAUUUGGAGAAAGACAUGGCCCUGAAUCCAGCCCUGCAGUCCCAAGUAGAUAUCUCUCAGCACUAUGGGAUCAAUUUGCUAGAUAUUAACACAGAGCUGUCGUUUAGAGAUGAGGGCUUUACAUUUUCGUCACAUGAGGAAACUUUAUCUGAAACGACAGACAAAGGUUCAUUUCAAGAGCCGGUAAUGGAUCUUCUUGGAUUGAGUAACAAGAUCCAGGGCAUACCUCUGAGCUCUCCCAGCUCUCCCUCCCAUACCUUGACUUCAGUCUUGGAGCCCUUCCAUGAUAGCCCAGCCUACACAUGGGCAAAGGAGCCCGCAUCACACGAGCAAGACCAAACCAGCUCCAGUCGGCUAGAUCCUGCUCUGCACCACACUGGACAUGUGGAUUCAAGACUUCCUGUUGAACAGGAAGCUCCUGAGCCUGACUUGGGACAGCAUAGUUUUCUGCCGCCCUCCCAAGAAGACUGCAAGCAGGGGGGCUCCAGCUGGAACAAUGGACUCCAGCCCCAGGCUCUAGAAGGGGUUUCUGAUGAGACAACCGAAGGUGCUGAGUUGUCUUCAGAUCAGGAGUUCUCAUGUUAUGAUCGAAUGCAUGACAAACAGGAUUGUGGUGAGAAUGUAUCGCAGGGUUUAGUGCAUGGCGAGCCAGGAUUGGACCACAAUUUGUUAUCCCAAGAAAAAGUGCACAGAAAUGUAGUUUUCAAUCAGAAUUUAUCUUAUGACCAGUUGCAUGACGUGCAAGGUUUGUGUCCGGAUGCAGUGUAUGGGAAAAUAGUUUUGGACCAGAGAUUAUCCCAGAAUAUAUUGCACAAAACUACUGUUUUGGAGCAAAAUUCUGUCCUUGAUGUAAUGAAUAAAAAGGAAGUUUUGGACCCAGAUUUGUUCCACGAUGUAGUCAGUUGUGACCAACGCAUUUUGGAACAGGACCUUCUAGAUGUUUCAGAACAGGAAUCGUCCCCGAGUUUGUUGCGGACUAACACGUGUGUGUCUCCGUCGGGUCAGUUGCUGGCUGAGGGGACAGAGUCUGCAGGGGGUGGCCCGGAUCUGGGGGAGGAGGCAGUGGAGCUCUCCCCACUGAGAGCUGUGUUUGACGCUCUGGACCAGGAUCAGGAUGGCUUUGUUCGCAUGGAGGAAUUUGUACAGUUCGCUACAGUCUAUGGAGCAGAACAGGUGAAAGAUUUAACCCGUUUCCUGGACCCUGGCGGCCUGGGAGUGAUCAGCUUUGAAGAUUUCUACCGUGGGAUCACAGCGAUCAGCAAUAGAGGCUCUGACAGUCCGUUGUAUGAAAUGGGGUUCAGUCAUGGGGCAGAGGCAGUCGGCUGCCCUGAGGAAUACGAUGAUUAUGCUGCCUAUGAGCAGAACGAGGUGACGGACAGCGCGUACCUGGGCUCGGAGAGCACCUACAGCGAGUGUGAGACGUUCACGGACGAGGACACCAGCACGCUGGUGCACCAGGAGAUGCACGAGGAGGUGGAGACGGACAGCGCUAUCGACGCAGCACUGCACUACACUGAGGAGGGGGCCAACAGGCCCCACCAGCACCGCCUCUCGCUGGACUCGGAACUCAACAACCACUCCCUGGUGACAGUGAUCAGUGGGGAAGAGGAGCAUUUUGAGGACAUCGGGGAGGGCCGUGACUCGAAGCUGCUAGCUGACACCUCCACCACUGGACCAGAUGCGGACACCAGUCUGACCAGCCAGCUUGAGGGCUCCAUGCUGCUCUCACCCAGCGCUGGUUCUUUCUCUGCAAGCUUACAGAGCUUUCUUAGGGAGGAGGUGCUGGACUUUUUUUGUAGCCAGUGUCACAGACAAAUUAAUCGCCUUGAGGACCUCUCUGCCCGCCUGAAUUACCUUGAAAUGAAUAGCUCCAGCAAAAGGCUUUCCAGCAGGAAGAUGGCGAGGCACCUUCACCAGACCAGCACGCUAACAAUGGACAACAUAGAGGACCUGUCAAGAGACAUCAUGGAGCUCGCCGAGACUGAUAUGACUGACAAGGUCAUGUUCUUGGAGAAGCGUGUGUCAGAAUUGGAGAAGGAUUCAGCAGCGAAUGGGGAGCAGCACACCCGUCUUAGACAUGAGAACCUGCAGCUCGUGCACAGGGCGAAUGCUCUGGAGGAGCAGCUGAAGGAACAGGAGUCCCGCGCUGAGGAGGCCCUUCUCACUGAGAUCCGCAGGCAGAAGGAGGUCCUGUGCAAGGUGGAGAGAGAGCGCAGUAUUGAGAUCGAGAACCUGCAAGCCAGGUUGCAGCAGCUGGAUGAGGCGAACAGCGAGCUGCAGUCAUGUGUUCCCUGCCUGCGUGCCAACAUCGAGAGAUUGGAGGAGGAGAGGCGGAAGCUCCAGGACCAGGUGGAAGAUGUGACUCUGCGACUGAACGAGGAGCUGGAGAGCCGGGGGAAGAUGGCAGACAAGUUGGCUCAUGAGAAACACAAGAACCAGAAGGAAAAGGAGUCUACACAGGAGCUGAUAGAGGAUCUGAGGAAGCAGCUGGAGCUCCUACAGUUGUACAAGCUGGAGGCGGAGGCAAGGCGCGGACGAUCGGCCAGCGCAGGGCUGCAGGAGUACAACAGCCGCACACGAGAGGCAGAGCUGGAGCAGGAGGUGCGGAGACUCAAACAGGAUAACUGCAGCCUGAAGGAGCAGAAUGAUGAGCUCAACGGGCAAAUUAUCAACCUGAGCAUCCAGGGAGCCAAAAACCUUUUCUCAGCCUCCUUCUCGGAGUCACUAGCAGCAGAGAUCAACUCUGUGUCACGGGACGAGCUGAUGGAAGCGAUCCACAAGCAAGAAGAUAUCAACCUCCGACUGCAGGAGUACAUCGACCGGAUCAUUGUAGCCAUCAUGGAGUCCAACCCCUCUAUCCUGGAGGUGAAGUAGGACCCCCUCCCUGGAGACAGACCCUGAGCCCCCCACUCCCUUGCAUCACCACUGAGCCAUCACUGUGAGGGAGUAGAAGAGGGGGCUCACAUGAUGAGUUUGGAUCCCUGGUCUUGGGCUGGUCAUGUCUGUAAAUACUUUGUUUGUAUCCCGGGGUCGGCACACCAGUGGGGAGUGCAAUGGAAGGGACUUAUGUCUUUCUGUACUGAGUGGUUCCUGUGACUUCCUGUGACACCAGAGAAGGAGGGGCCUGGCUUUCCCAAGUGUGUGUGUGAGAGAGAGAGAGAGAGAGAGAGAGAGAGAGAGAUUCUCCCAUCAGGGGUUCACAUGUCCACACGCUGGCUUCCCCUUUUAUAAGUGAAAUAAUAAGCUUAAAACACAUUUGCUUCGCUCACUUUAGGAUAACGUAUCAUUUUUCACUUUGAUUCCAGAUGAAGCCCAUUUAUCCUGCCAUAUCGCUGUCAGUUUAUUGGAAGACCAGUACUAACUGUGUACCACUGGGUACCGUUACCAGUUUAAUGGGGAAUCCAAAUAUUACUUCCAUGAUGCUUCGUGGCAGGCUAAAUGGGCUUCACUUAAACUAAAAUCACUUGAGGGUGUUCUCCUAAUGGGAGGUACCAAACAAUCUGGUCAGCUCGAUUCUAGGACUAGCAUUAACUGCCUAUAUAGCAACCUUUUCCUCAAACAAGCCUACCAUUUCAUUUGUUGUAUUGCAUGUAUAUAUUCAGUCUGUGCCUGACUAGGUAGCAAUGCACAUGUUAACCCCUGUGUGUCUGUUUCAGUGUGUGUGUGUGUGUGUGUGUGUGUGUGUGAGAGAGAUAUAGCUAGUGAUUUCUCCUCUGCUUUGGCUCUGUACAUAAGGGAGCGCCAACUAUGGCCUGGAGGGCCAGUCCCCUUGGUUGUGCUGCAGAGCGAGGGCCAAAGGGCUGGUCCUCUUCAGCAGUGUGCCAGUGAAGCUUCACCCUGCCAACAGGGGGCAAUCUCACCAACUCCAAACCAACUCUCACGUAAACCCUGGGUCUCCGAUAUUUAUAAAAUGCAAGCAAUACAGUAUUCCAGUGGCUAUAGGCUGAGCCUAUUUUACAAAAUGGGAGAACAGUGUUGAAAAUAAUGUAAAUGAGGUGUAAACUUUCAAUUGUGAAUUAAAACUAACAUGUCUUAAAAAAUCCACAGGGCCUGUCGUACAGUAAAAUCUGGCUUAGAAAGAGGAAAGCACACAGGAGUUGUAAAGCUGGUAGGAGUGACCUACUCUUUAGUGAGAGUCUGGCUAUAGCAAAUUAAGAGAAGUUGAGAGUUUCUCAGGAGUUUAAAAGGCAUAGACUAAAAGCUUAAUUUAAAUUGCACUGUAGUACUGCAUAUUCUCUUAUGUACUGUGUGCUGCACUUAUAUAUACUUGGGUAACUAAAGUACACAGGCAAUCACUUCGGGGAGAGUUGGAUUACUGUCAAUCACCUAAUUACCUUAAUUCUUACACCGGUGAAAGAAAAAAAAAAAAAAAUAGUUUAUUGCACUUAAGACCUUAAAGUGUCACUGUUUUGGGAUUACGCAAAGACAUGUUUUCAAAUUUGGGAUGCCUCUAAAGUCACAGUAUGAAAAAGAUGAAGAUAUUUUCUGAAUGAUGUUCAGUUUUGUUUUGCUGCAGAAUCAGACUCUCUUCAGUUUUAAUAGACUGUAAAUGUGUGCUGACUGCCUGCCUCAGAGUCAGAAUAAUAUACCUGUAUAUUUGUGCUGACUGCCUGCCUCAGUCAGAAGUGGUUCUACACAUUCUGCUCUGACAUUGUGGGGCAGGUUGCAGGCACACGUGGAAAUAUUGAGAACUGCUGAGACACUGUAAUCUCUCCGGGGAAAUGACGUGUAAUUAUCGACUGCAUUACAAACAUAUAAUUAUGAUAAAUUUAAAAAUUAGUGUUGACAUUUCUCAUAGUUUAUAAAGAUUUAGUUUAAAUGCAUUAUGUGAAAGAAUAUGUUUUCACUGCUCUUAUAUACAGUGUGGUUUGUUCAGUCAGGCAUGUUGGCAGGCAAUUGUACUGUAGUAUGUAAAUCACUUUAAUAUUUCACUAUAGCAAGAUAAGAGGGAGAACUGCACUAUGAAUAAAGUCCAAUGCAUGGCAAUGGAGAGAAAUGGUGGAAUAAUAUAUUUUUAUACUCCUGAACUCUUUUUCACAGUAUCGAAGUUAUAAAAGCAAGGAAAGGGGAGAAUACUGUCAGAUCUACCAUAUUCUAUUCCUGACAUGAUUUUUUAAAACUUUGGUAACUAUAAAGUUCAUUACAAAUAUUAGAAGAAACUGUUUUUGGAUGAUACUUUAGUACUAGGGCAAUAUUUCCUGAACUGGCAGAAAUUAAAAUUGGCAAUUAGUUAUUAGGGUAUAUUUCAAAGCUCUGGUUAGCCGUUUAUCUCUGUUUAUCAUGCUGGAGACGAACAAAAAUACGGGGAAGAAAAAAAUGGAGUUAACAACUAUGGUGUUGCAAAGAAUGUGUUUUGAGAACCAACAUCUUUCCUGGUGAAAUGCAAGCUUUUUUUUUUCUUUUUUUUUUCCCCAGUUAAUUCAUAAUUGUAAUUUAGGGGUUGGUUAAUUCAAUCAACCAAUUGCUUAAUAAGCCACAGCUGGUUUUUAUAGUGCAUUCUACAGCACUGGAGAAUCGCCCCAAAUAAAAAGUGGUUGAUGCAAGCCUGUUGGAUUCCCUGGUUCUGUAAACUUCUUUAAAUAAAAAUGGAAAAAUCCAGCUGUGGCUUAUCGUAGGUGUUGUCAACCCCUUAGCCUAGUUAGAAUGUGCAUUACACUAAAUUGCAGAACAUUUUGGUUUGUUUCACCUGUGUCCUUCUCGCCAAAAACAUUCCUUAAACCCCAGAUCAGGGCUAGUUUUCCUGAUUCGUUUAACUUUCAAAGCAUCCAUACUUCAAGUCAGUACCACUAUUGUCAAACCAAGCUCUUUGCAAAGAACAGUAGAAAUGUAAAAACAGUCAUUCAGAGGUAGCACCUUAGAAAAGCUACCCAGCCACACAGUGGAAUCCCUAUAAGAUAAAGAAGCCCAUCUAGAACUGUCUUGCAAACCUCUACAAUUCACGCUCGCUUCUUAACAUUUCGCAGUGGCCUUGGAUAUAAAUCUAAUGUAUCUUUAGAAAUCUAUCUGUCUGGUAACUGCAGUUAUUUUGUAUAGAAUGAAGGAGAAUGAUUAUUUUUGUUUUUUUCUUGUUUGCAGUGGGUGACCCAGUCAGAAUUAAUCUGUACCCCUGAAACACCCACUUUUCAGAUGUACCUAUCUCCCCCUCUCCCUCAUAUCUGUAUAAGCAGAAAGAUGUCUUCAAAUUGUAGGGCUGGUUAAUACUGUUGUGGGGAGAUGGCAUAAUUCAUUUACAUAGGUGCAAUGGUGAUUAGUAAUGUAUUACACUGUGAUUUAUAUGUGUACUUACCGUGUACAACUGGAAUUCAUAUAUCAAUUAGCCAUAUAUUUGAACUACCUUCCCCAAUUGAUUCUUAUCCAGGUCUGAAACAAGUAUUAACUAAUACCACUCCAAUUAAUAUCAUGUGAUUUGAUUUUUUUUCAGCAUAGUAUAGUUUAUAGUUUUGUUUUUAACAAUAUUUUCAUUAUUGUAACUUUACAUGGUAACAGUUUAAUGCAAAAGUAUUUUUUCUUUAACUUUCUAAUUAGUGCCUGAUCAAAAAAGCUAUUGAUUUCACAAUGUACAUGACAUUUUAAACCCUUUACAUGAAGAUGUUAGAUAGAGAACAAAAAAAGGGACAAGAACAUAAGAAAUUCUAGAACGAGGAAAGGCCAUUCAGCCUACCUAUGCUCAUUCACUCAUGCCAGCGUGGUUUUUUAGCAGAGAAAAAACUGCAUUCAGUUUAUUCUUGAAGGAUCCGAUAGUCUCUGCUUCAACAGCUGUCAGGCAGCCUGUUUCAAUGGUUCACCACCCUUUCUGUGAAAAAGCUCCUUCUCUCUGUGACCUGUAAAAAAAGAUAAUUCUAAGCAGUUACUUUGUUAAACCCCUUGACAAUUGAACUCUCUGACUCUCCUUUCUAGGCUAUACAGAUUCAGUUUUUUCAGUUCAUCUUCAUGUGACAUACCCUUCAAUCCUGGAAUUUAAUCAUGUUGCUCUCCUCUGUACUCUCCAAUGCCUCAAUAUCUUUCUUAUGAUAUACGGAGACCUCAGCUGGACACAGUAUUCUAGGUUUGGUCACACCAGUGCAUUAUAUAAUAUAGCUAUAAAUGUAAUAUAACUUCUCUAGAUUUGAAUUCAACUCUCUUGGCUAUAUAACCUAACAUUCUAUUUGCCUUUUUUAUAGCAUGGUUUAGAGAUUCAUCCACUCCUACAAGUCCUUUUCGUACGUAGCUUCCUCUGUUUCUUACUAUUCAUGUUGUACUUGACUCUAAUUUUUUUGUUCCCUAUGUGCAAGACUUUACAUUUAUUCCCAUUCAAUUUCAUCUGCCAUGUGCCAGCCCAAGCUUGAAUCUUGUCUAAAUCUUUUCUACUAGUGAAGUUGCUGAUUGGGAGUUGACUACUCCUCCCAGUUUUGUGUCAUCUGCAAAUUUGCAUAGCUUACUGAUUACUGAUAGCUUAUAGAUUAAGAAUAGCAGUGGUCCUAAUACCCAAUAAUGAUAUAACUCUUUCUUGUAAUCAGAUAUGAAUCCAUGCUGCUACUUUACCAUUUAUUCCUGCUGAGUUUAUCUUUAAGUGUAGUCUUUAAGCCUCCACUAGUGUGUUCUACUAUUAUAACAACCUUGACUUGCAUAAAGAAGCAAAAACAUGGAGUGAAAUAGUACAAAGGUGACUCUUGAAAUCAGGACUUAAAGGAUGUGUUGCAGUAAGAAUACCUCUGUUAAGAAAGGGGAAUAAGGCUAAAAU